UAUUUGAAAGCCGAUUUUCCUUUGCCCCCUCGUCGUGUCGCCUUGGUCUCCAUCGCCACCGACCCAUUUGCCGAAAACCCUCGUGUCCGAAUCGAGCUGCACCGACCGCUGAUCCCGGCGCGGAAUCAUUGAUGCCGCUGGAACCCGAUCCCGAUCUCCUUGGAAGUCUUGUAUGGAGAUGAACGGGGACGGUGCCGAUGAUGGCGGGCAGGAGGUGGCGUCGUCUUCCAUUCCGCCGCCCCUCGAUUGGAAGUUCUCGCAGGUCUUCGGGGAGCGCAUGGUCGGGGAGGAUGUUCAGGAAGUGGAUAUCAUCUCAGCAAUAGAAUUUGAUAAAUCUGGAGAUCAUCUUGCAACUGGAGAUAGAGGAGGUCGUGUUGUUUUAUUUGAGAGAACAGAUGCUAAAAACCAUGGCUCUCGGAAGGAUUUGGAGAGGGAAGAUUAUCCAUUUAGCAGGCAUGCUGAGUUUCGCUACAAAACUGAAUUUCAGAGCCAUGAACCAGAGUUUGACUAUCUUAAAAGCUUGGAAAUAGAGGAGAAGAUCAAUAAAGUCAGAUGGUGUCAAACAGCUAAUGGUGCUCUAUUCCUUCUCUCAACUAAUGACAAAACAAUCAAAUACUGGAAGGUACAAGAAAAGAAGGUCAAACAAGUUUCUGAGAUGAAUUUGGAUGCUACCAUGGUUGUGGGAAAUGGUUGCUCUGAUACCUCAACCACAAGUAAUGUUAGACCGAGAUUUCCUAAUGGAUGUUCCAGAAGCACUUUCAACUAUCUGAACACUGAUUUGUCUUUCCCACCGGGAGGAUUUCCAUCACUACGCUUGCCAGUGGUAACUAGCCAAGAGAAGAGCCUUGUUGCGAGAUGUAGAAGGGUAUAUGCUCAUGCUCAUGAUUACCACAUAAACUCCAUUUCAAAUAACAGUGAUGGUGAGACAUUUAUAUCAGCAGAUGAUCUUCGAAUCAAUCUAUGGAAUUUGGAAAUUAGCAGCCAGAGCUUUAAUAUUGUUGAUGUGAAACCCACAAAUAUGGAGGACUUGACUGAGGUUAUAACUUCUGCUGAAUUUCAUCCAAUCCAGUGUAAUAUGCUGGUAUAUAGUAGCUCAAAGGGUUCAAUUCGUCUUAUAGACUUGCGCCAAUCAGCACUAUGUGAUAAUCAUUCUAAGUUGUUUGAGAAUCAUGAAGCACCAGCUUCAAGGUCUUUUUUCACUGAGAUCAUUGCCUCAAUUUCAGAUGUCAAAUUUGCUAAGGAUGGAAGACACAUCUUAAGUCGGGAUUAUAUGACUCUCAAGCUUUGGGAUAUAAAUAUGGAUUCAGCUCCAGUUGCAACCUUUCAGGUUCAUGAGUACUUGAGGCCUAAGUUAUGUGAUUUGUAUGAGAAUGACUCAAUUUUUGACAAAUUUGAGUGUUGUCUUAGUGGAGACGGGUUCCGUGUGGCAACUGGUUCAUACAGUAAUCUUUUUCGUGUAUUUGGCUGUGAUCCUGGGAGUGAUGAAGCGACAAUUUUGGAAGCUAGUAAAAAUCCAAUGAGGCAACAAGUGCAAGAUCCUACAAGAACUUCCAGAUCUCUUGGCAGCUUCACACAUGGCGUGAGACGAGGAGCAGAAAAUCCAAAUGUCGAUGCCAAUGGAAACUCAUUUGACUCCACAAUCAAAUUACUUCAUCUAGCCUGGCAUCCAACUGAAAACUUGAUAGCUUGUGCUGCUGCAAACAGCUUGUACAUGUACUACGCAUGAAGAUUUUCUUGAAGUACCUUAAGGCAGCACCUUUAAUUUGGGUUGCUAUUUGUGAAGGCUACGUGGUCUUUCAGCUGCAACCAACAAGGGACAGUGGAUUAAUCUCACAUGAUAUCGACUUCGGAGCCCCCAAGAGACUAUGAAACCCACAAGACAACUAAAUUGUUGUUUACUUUGUCAGCCUCUGAAUAUGGGGAAUCUGUAUUCAUAUUCUUUUAUUUCGGGGAGAGAUCGCACAUCUGUUUUACUUUGUUGAGCAUCAGGAUCCCAGUUAACUUUAGCUCUCUUACAACUAAUCUAGGGGGCAGUUUGAUGGGUGUGGAUAGUGUCUCUGGAGGGACUGUUCUUCACUUAAUUCUACAGUUUGUCUGUAAAAGGCAUAGCUCAUAAUCUUGCAAUAGUUCCUAUUA